AUGGGUGCUCUUGACAGACUCUCCCAGCUGGGUGGCCAGAUCUCUGGCGGUGCUGCCGCUGGCGGCAAGGCCAAGCUCCUCGAGAAGAACCCCGACGAUAUUGUUGUCACAGCAGCCCUCCGGACAGCCAUCUGCAAGGGCGGCAAGGGGGCGUUCAAGGACACCUUCGCGGCUGACCUCAUGGCCGGCGCGCUUAAGGGCGUCAUCGAGCGCUCCAAGAUCAACCCGGCCCUCGUCGAGGAUAUCGUUGUCGGUACCGUGCUCGCCCCCGGUGGCGGUGCCACCGAGAUGCGCGCCGCCUCGCUCGUCGCCGGCUUCCCCGACUCGACCGCCGUCCGCACCCUCAACCGCCAGUGCUCGUCCGGUCUCCAGGCAUGCGUCGACAUCGCCAACCAGAUUCGCGCCGGCAUGAUCGAGGUCGGCAUCGGCGCUGGCGUCGAGAGCAUGUCGACCCAGUACGGCCCGGGCGCCGUCGCUGAGUUCUCCGAGCUCCUCGAGUCCCACCCCGAGGCUGCCAACUGCAAGGUGCCCAUGGGCGUCCUGUCCGAGAAGAUGGCCAAGGACCGCAACAUCACCCGCGCCAACCAAGACGCCUUCGCCGCCGCCUCCUUCAAGAAGGCCGCCGACGCCCAGGCUGCCGGCCUCUUCAAGGAAGAGAUCCACCCUCUCAAGGUCAAGUUCGAGGACCCCAAGUCUGGCGAGACGAAGGAGAUCGUCGUCGACCGCGAUGACGGCGUGCGCCCCGGCGUGACGGCCGAGUCGCUCGGCAAGAUCCGCGCUGCCUUUGCAAAGGACGGCUCGAUCCACGCCGGCAACGCCAGCCAGGUCAGCGACGGCGCCGCCGCCGUGCUGAUGAUGAAGCGGUCCACCGCCGAGAAGCUCGGCCAGACCAUCCUGGGCAAGUUCGUCGCCGCGUCCAUCGUGGGCGUGCCCCCCCUGCUCAUGGGCGUCGGGCCCUGGAAGGCCAUCCCCAAGGUCUUUGAGCUCACCGGCAUCACCAAGGACGACGUCGACAUCUACGAAAUCAACGAGGCCUUCGCUAGCCAGUGCCUCUGGUGCGCCAACGAGCUGGGCCUGCCCCAGGAGCGCAUCAACCCCAAGGGCGGCGCCAUCGCCUUCGGCCACCCGCUCGGCUGCACCGGCGCCAGGCAGGUGUCGACUCUGCUGUACGAGCUGAAGCGCACGGGCAAGCAGAUUGGGCUUACGUCCAUGUAG